AUGGUUGCAAGUGGGUUAAUUAAAACUAGUGAUCGAAGCAUAUUGUGGAAGAAAGCAAGGGAAAAAAAGGAUGGCACCUUUGAUGAAGUGGCCAUACUAGUGAUUGAGAAAAUAUCUAAAGAGAAUGGUAAAAGUGUCAAUGGGAGUAAUGAUAUACUUGUAGAAGCAUUGGGUACUCCUGAGUAUAGUGGUCGAGUUAGGGCUAAAGGGAAGCAUCACACACCUCGUCAGUAUUUUAAUACUGCUGUAGAUCGUGCUGUUAGGGAUUUUAUAGCAACAUCUCAAGAAAAACAGAGAAGAUUUCAAGCAGAAGUGCUAGCAAAACUCUCUCAAGUAGGAGUUGUCACUCCCCAUUCAGAUGUUAGUAGUUCGAACAUGAAACAAAAACAGCUUUUCCUACCAGAAGUAGUAGAGAAGCCAAUCCGUAGAGUUGAAGAUGCAACCCCACCAAUGCCAAUAGAACCCCAAAGCAAGGUUAGAAAAUGUGAGCUGGCCAUGGGGACAAAGGAAAAUAAAGUGGGUGGCGGAACAAUUAUACUUGAAUGUGGUCCCAACUAUCUAGUAGUUGUUGAUGUUCCUUAUGAUGCAAGUGCACCACUUCUCAUUCCUAUUCCUGGACAAACUACUACUGUUGGGGCUGCAAUUGGUUACCAAGUUUUGUGGUCAACUCAUUUGGUCAGCAUCCAUACUCCCGUCUUGGCAUCUAAGAAAGGAAAGAAACAAACAGUAAAUGAAGUUGAAGUGAAAUCCAAAAGUGAAAAACCACAAGAUAUCAAGAAUUUUGAGGCAUUGGUUGGCCUUAUGCUUGCAACCUCGAGAGCACAACCUAUAGACUUCCCAAAUGAUGUUUUUGGUGAGAGUUUCAAGACCUUCAUAAUGAAAGAAGAUAUGGACAUGAUUAUAUCAUCAAAAGAAGUAUCAUCCAAUUGUAUCUUAUACUACAUCUGGCACUUGCAUAGGAAGUUGAUUGAUGCAAAGCAAGUUGAACGAUAUGUUUUUGUCAAUCCAGUAUUGGUUUCAAAAGCUGGAAUGGGAGAAGGAAGCAAGGAAAACAGGUCAAGAGUUAUUGCAGAUCGACUAAGGAAUACAAAGCAUGCUAAAUAUAUGUUUAUUCCAUACAAUCCAGAGUAACCUUUUACCCAAGAUGUCAAUAUGGU